AUGAUGGACGACAAAGAUACAAGAGAUGAGACGCCACCCAGCAGGUCAAACUCCGACAUUGAAAAGACACCUUCCGAGGACGCUGAUACUGAAAAGACAUACCCACCAAAAAAAAUCGUCCUACCAACAAUGCUAGCUCUCUUCCUCGUAUUCUUCCUCGUCGCACUAGACCGCACAAUUAUCGGCACAGCUAUCCCUACAAUUUCGGCCGAGUUCGACAGCUUCGGCGAUAUCGCCUGGUACGAAUCAGCCUUCCUCCUCCCCCUCUGCGUCUUCCAGCUCUCGUUUGGUCUUGUCUUCAAAUACUACUCCACCAAAUGGGUCCUAUUUAUCUUAACCGCCAUAUUCGAAAUUGGGUCUAUCGUUUGUGCUGCUGCACCGAACUCGAAUGCGUUGAUCGUUGGUCGAGCCAUCACUGGCAUUGGAGGCGCGGGAAAGGCCGAAGUAUCUUGGAUCACUGGGCUCUGCCUUUGGGAUCUCAUCGAUUCUGGGGCCGAUUCUUGGGGGCUAUCUUACCUCAGUCACUUGGCGUUGGUGCUUCUGGAUCAACGUCCCAUCGGAGGGCUCUCACUCAUCCUUCUGUUCAUUUUGGCUCCAAACAGACCUCCGCCCAGCGAGCCACCCAAGUCAUGGCGUCAAAGAUUCCUUGACCUUGAUCCAUUGGGUUUCCUUAUGGUUGCUGGAUCAGUCGUCAGCCUUCUCUUCGCGCUCGAGUUCGGCAAGGAGAAUCAGCAGUGGACAAGCGGACGCGUCAUCGCUCUCUUUGUCGUCUUUGGCGUUUUGUUCCUCAUCUUCGCAGGCUAUCAAGCUCGGAGGAAAGAAAAAGCAACAGUGCCUCCGCGAAUUCUGUUCCAACGAACCACAUUCUUCGCCUGCCUGAACGCGCUGGCUAUUGGUUCUGUACUGGUCAUUUACUCGUUUUACCUGCCUGUUUGGUUCCAAGUUGUCAAGGGCAAGUCGCCACAAGAUUCAGGUAUAGCCCUGAUACCACUACUGCUCAGCAAUGUGUUUUGCGUUAUUCUCGGUGGUGUUUUGGUCAGCAAGAUUGGAUACUAUACGCCAUUUGCUAUCGCUGGAUGUGCGAUCCUCAUUGUUGGAUCGGCGUUAAUAAGUACCUGGACGGCAGACGUUAGCAAGGCCAAAUGGAUUGGCUAUCAGAUUAUCACCGGAGCAGGUAUGGGUUUGACGCUUCAACAACCCGCCAUCGCUAUUCAGACCGUCCUCUCGGAAAGCGACAGCCCAAUCGGCCUCUCCAUCCUCAACUUCCUAAUUUUCCUCGGUGGAACAGUUUUCGUGACCGUGUCUCAGACUCUACUCGAAGGACAACUCGAGAGCAGAAUUGCCAAGUAUGUUCCUGGGGUUGACGUCAAUACGCUUGCGAACAGUGGCGCAACAAAUCUUUGGAAUCUUGUGCCUUCUGACAAGGUCGACAUGGUGUUGAAUGCUUACAACGAUUCGAUGACAUCGAUCUGGUAUCUAGGCUUGGGCAUGGGAUGUUUCGCUCUGAUCACGUCCUUUGGGUUUGAGUGGAAGAACGUCAAGGCGAACAAGAAAACGACUGGGGCAGCUACAGCUGCAUAG